AAUGAUCGUUAUUUAUCUUUUUUAUCAGAUUUCAGGUUAUCAUUUAAUCACGAGGUUGUCGUCGUUGUGAUUGGUUUUCUUGUGGACCGCGCUCUCUGCCACGGAGAUGUUGGUGGUGACAGCAAAACUCUUGCUUAAUCUGGUGUUCGUAUUCCUCCUCAUCCACGGAACACAGGGCGUGCCUGUAGAGGAUGGCCCUGCCCUCGUAAGAGGCCCAAGCCUCCGCAAGAUCGUCACUUUUGACUGGGACCUCUGGCCUCUGUGGUACGGAGAGCGUUACGUCGCCUACAGGUUCGGCGACGCCAUCGUGGACCAAAGUGCCGUCGCUGCGGGCAUCGCUGAGUUCGAGCAGAACACGUGCCUCAUAUUCGAGAAGGUGAACCCCGCGCACUUCGGUCCCCACAUCGUCAUCAAGAACCACAACUCUGUGUGCUCGUCCUUCAUAGGACGCAAGUACACCUAUCUGCUGGGGCAGGAUAUGUUCCUCACCAAGCAGUGCGCGAGUGAUUUGGCACUCGUGGUGGCAAGACAAUGUUUCGGGAGAUAA